AUGAAUUUCGGGAAAAUUUCCGCCGUUUACUGCGCGAGUAGCGAAGUUGAGCUAGAAGAAAUCCCCUCUGAAGGCAACACGCGGCAAUCCUUGCUGAAAGGUUUGAAGGCCCUCGCUAGCCUUGACGCUUGCGAGAAAAGACGGCAGGAAUGCAUCGCUGAAUUAAUUAACACGGAAGAAGCUUACGUCGCAGAUAUGGCCAUAGUGAAGGAGGUUUUUGAGAAGCCACUGCGGCAAAACGCCGUUUUGACGGAAUACGAAUGUCACGAAAUCUUCGUGAACUGGGAUGAAUUGCAUCAUUGCAAUGAUAAACUUCUGAGAGCUUUAAGAGUACGAAAAACCAGGAGCAAUCACGGGAUCAUCAGCACUGUGGGCGACAUCAUGUGCGAGAAUUUCCCAAAUAUGACUCAGUACAUAAGGUACUGUGCUUGUCAACUGCGGGCUUGUGAAAUUUUGCAUCGCAAAAAAGAAGAAAACUCUGAAUUCGAAGCGGUGCAUCGUAUAUGCGUUACCGACGCACGAUCCAAAGGAAUGCCUUUGAGUUCGUUUUUGCUGAAGCCAACUCAGCGGAUCACUCGUUAUCCGUUACUUCUAAAGAAUAUUCUUAAAAAUACUCCUAUUGGACAUCCGGACCGACUUUACUUGGAGGAAGCUUUGGAAAAAGCAGAGGAGUUGUGCAGCCAGGUGGAGUUUUGGUUCGCGAUUUAUCCGGAUUUCGGCUGGGAAACUUCUGGACAAGCUGAUAUCUAUUUUACACAUUUUGCAUGA